ACUGUCAAGUCAACAGCUUCAAUGUCAUGUCAUUCAACAGCAUUCCUUAAAAUUGCAUUUUGAAUACACAUGAAUGAAACUUAUUAGAACAUAUUUAACAAAUUGAUUUUUGGAAAAAGUAAAUGAUAAAAUAUUGUUAAAUUAAAUAGUAAACUUCAUUAUAUUUGUCUCCAUAACAAAAAAUCACGAUGUCUACUGAAGAAGAACCAACUGACUUGGACUGGGUGCAACUACGUCGUGAUAUGAACACUGCAGCUGUGAAUGUUGAAUCAACCAAACAGAAGUUUGAAAGAAAGUUUUCAGAAAAUCCAUUUGUACCUAUAGGAUGUUUAGCUACAGCAGGAGCUCUUUCAUAUGGUCUAUGGUGUUUCCGAACUGGGAAAACUAAAAUGUCACAGCAAAUGAUGCGUCUUAGAAUUGUAGCGCAAGGCUUCACUAUCACUGCACUUGUGGUUGGAGUAAUGAUGACUGCAGGAAAAAACAUAUAAGUAAUGGAGGAAGCUCAAAGAAAAGUAUGGCAAUUCUACCAGAGUUUUAAACUAAUGUUAAAGAAAUAUAUUCAUUUAGAUUAGAUAUGUAGUAAAUAAUAUUUUAAUUGACA